GCACAUGAAGACAUUUAACGUUCUAUGUUUAACGUUUCAUUGCAGCUUUUCUCAAUUGUUGUUUUCGGUUGUAUAUCAUCGGAGGGUUGGCGUGAGGAGAAUGGCAAAGACGUAUGUCUAUUUAAUGGUGAUGGAAUGGCUUGCAAGUAUGGCAACACAAUUGGAUUCUUUGGUUUCUUGGCGUCGAUGGCAUUCAUUGCUGGUGAAUUUCUGUUUGAGCGCAUGUCAUCGGUGAAGAGCAGAAAACGUUAUGUGAUGGCGGACAUGGGCUUUUCAGCAUUCUGGACUUUUAUGUAUUUCAUUGCAUUUAUUUAUUUAUGGUCACAAUGGAGUUCAGCACCAAUGCCUCCAGGCGGUAUUGGUGCUAGCAAUAUGCAAGCAUCAAUUGUUUUUUGUUUCUUCUCUAUAUUCACAUGGGCUUUAUGUGCGUUUCUGGCUUAUAAACGUUUUCUCAUUGGAGCUGGCGAUGAAUUUACCUCAGCCUUUGAAACAGAUCCAGCAAAUGUGGUGCAUCAGCAAGCGUACACAAGCUAUUCAAUGGAUAAUGAUAAUGAUCAAUAUAGUGCAUCUCCAUUCAGUGGACAACAAGUUCAAUACGAACUCAACGCGUUUUGCCAAUCGAUGCUGGAUAAAAGUGUUUUACAAUUGUUAUAG